AGACGAUUGUGAGAAUAUCAGACCGAUGCCCGCCUACCUGUUGCCCGUAUUCAAUUUGUCCAUUACACUAUAAUAGUUACUUGUAAAUUCUACCGCCACAUCACAGACACAAUAAUAUUAUUACGCCACAUUAGCCAUGCAGACGUCGGUGACAUGGUUCGUGUGCCUACUGCUGUUGGUGUCUCGAUCAGUUUCGGGGUACUCGAUCGACGAUCAUCGUGCGGAGGACUUCGAAGCCGACCAGAAAGAGAGUAAAUUGCGAGAUAUAAAACCGGAGUCUGUGUUAAUGGGCAUCGCCAAGACGUUGAUCGGUGGCAAAACGGGAGCGGCCAGUGGUCAAAACCACUACUGUAUAGACCGCGAUGUAUACCAGAGGUCAGCCCGGGGUUUCUGCAAACUGUCCUCUCUGACCACUUUGUCCAGUCCUUGUAAAUUUUUCAAGAUGGCCAACGGAUUUUGCGAUCUGCCCGACAUCUUGUCGCUCAGCUUGAACAUGUCGAAUUUAGUGCUAAUGUUGGUGCUCAGGGGUCUGAUAUGGGGCGUGUCGUACAUGCAAAGUGGCAAUGGUGUUAAAGAAGCGCGAAACGAGGAUUCGACCUCGACCGCGGUUGGGGGACUGUUCCAGGACAUGGUGACUGAAACCGAUGUGAUGCUGUUCCUCGGAUACCUGGUAGCCGAUGAGUCGGGUCGAUACGAAUGUCUGAACCGCGUGGCGUGUGAGCAACCGGAGCGAGCUGAGAGUUAUCUCAGGACAGCCGAAAUGGUCUGGAAAACCGCGAAAAUGUUUGACGGUGUGAUACCGUUGGACGCAAAGUACGAGAAAACGUUGAUCAGAUUGCAAGAAGCCAUCGAGGACGGAAUGGCGGUCGGGAAUUGCGAGUCGAAAUACAAAUGCUUCGGUCCGACUGCCGACGAUAACUUCAAAGUCUAGCUGAAUUAAAUUGAAAUAAUAAGACGCAUCUUCUUGACUACCAAACUACUAACCUAACCUUCAUCGCAUUUAAAUAUAAUUAUUUGUGUAAAUGUGGAAUUAAGUCUGAUCGACGGCGACGAACAUAUGCCGAGCGCAAUUUGCGGAUAUCUAAACAUACACUUUUUAGAUUAUUUUGUAUACCUAGUUGGUAAAUGUGUAAUCACUAAUCAACAUUGUUUUAUGGUAAUUUUCUAUAUUAUUUAUAAUAGCAUUAU